AUGUCAGCCGUAGAAAAGCCGCUUGCACCUGCUAUAAGGACCACAGACAGAGAAAGGAGCGCUCUGUGCGAGAUCUGUAGGAAACUCAACCUCGAAUUAAGGUCCAAUCGUGCUCCUGCAAAAUAUUCGUUGGGGACAUAUGGGAGGAUCAAAGCCAGUACGGACUGUCCAUUCUGCCGCUUGGUCUCUCGGACAACGACACGAUCGGGCUCAGAUGCCAGUGAUAUCAUUACGGAGUGGAAUGAGAGAGGGUUUACCACCUCCCUGGGUGGUGUGAACAUGGUAUUCCUGGAUGAUGGGACAGCAACGACGGCUCGUGGAGGUGCUCGCGUUAUCAAGCCGCAGAUCUCCCCUGCGUUGAUACGGAAGUGGCUGGAGUUAUGUGAAACUCACCAUACCGAUACGUGUUCCCCGUCACCCGUGCUUCAAACCCCACACAAUGCUUCUGGUCUCGAAGUUCUUCGCGUCAUUGACGUUCAAGAUCAGUGUAUCACUGAAGCUACGCGUGAUACACGAUACAUUGCGCUCAGCUAUGUCUGGGGCACUGUUAUCCCUGCAGCACGAUUGCAGAGGGACAACGCAGCGGUGCUUUCUGCUCAGGGCGGACUCCUGACCGUACGAGAUCGUCUACCGCGCACAAUCGUCGACGCAAUUAACCUGGUAGCAUCGGUGGGGGAGAGAUACCUCUGGAUCGACAGCCUAUGCCUGGUUCAAGAUGACGAGGGGGAUAUGCUGCGUGGCAUAGCAAAGAUGGAUCUGGUGUUCAAAGGAGCGAUACUUACCGUCGUGGCCGGUCACGGCACUGACGCGAAUGCUGGUCUCCCCGGCUUGGUACCGGGAUCUCGGAAGGUAGAUCAAAAAAUUGAAGAGGUUCUACCUGGCGUGAGGAUGACGAUUACAAGAGGCGUCUAUGAUGACCUGUCCGAUUCGCGUUACACAUCUCGUGGUUGGACAAUGCAGGAGCUCCUUUUAUCACAUCGAACCCUCAUUCUGGUGAGCAGUGGCGUGCACUUUCGGUGCCAUGCGAAUUGUUGGAGCGAAGAUACGAUAUACGACAACUUCCCAACCGAAGUGAUUCCCACCCAAUCCCUUCAUUCAGGCUCACUUAUCGACGUUCUACCCGACAAACUCUCUGAACCUCUCCACGAUUACGGGAAUCUCCUUUUCCGUUAUACCUAUCGAGACCUUACGAAGGAAACGGAUAGAAUCCAUGCUACCACAGGUAUCCUUCGACAUAUCUUUCGCCAGAUUGAUGGCUCCUCGGCGGUGGAAGGUAUCCCAUCUGCAGCGUUUGAUAUUGGACUGCUAUCUUGGGAUCCAUUUCCGAAAUAUCCAACCUCAAAGACGGGACGGCGGCUCGGUUUUCCGAGCUGGUCAUGGGCGGGAUGGUGUAUGGCUAGGGUACCUUUAGGGUACCACAGAGACGAGCUAACCUACGCUGCAAACUUCCGCGACUGGUUACGCCAGCACACAUAUAUCACAUGGUACACCAUAAAUCCAAACUCAAAUACGACAAAGCCAAUCUGGGACAACGAAUUGCAGCACCGAUUCGGAGAGAAUGUGUAUGGCCGCAAACACGACCCCAGUCUCACCAGAUUGCCCACUGUCCCCCGCACCAUCAUUCCGGAAGAAUACAUGGAAUGUGGAUACCACCUUCUUGAUUUUUGGGCAUAUACCGUCAAAUGUCCAGCCUUAAAGCGCCAUGAAAACUCCGACUUUCAAAUUCUCGGAAAUGGUGGGCUAAAUUGUGGUGCAAUACGCCUCGACGACCCCGCGGGCUUUCCACACAUGGAGCCACCAUUCGAAAUGAUUCUCCUCUCGACAGCAAAUCGGUUCAAUAAUCUAUUCAAUGACAAUGUCGUCGUCGAGAAGCCUAUUUAUUUCGUCAUGCUCAUUCAAUGGUUAGAUCCUGAUAUGAUCGUUGCAGAGAGGAGAGGUAUGGGAUUUCUGAUCCAGGACUAUCUAGACCAGAUAUCGGAGCCCGGAAAGGUGUGGAAGGAAAUUGUGCUGGCUUAA